AAAAGACGUCCAGAAAGCGAGAAUAGACGAAAAAGAAGACAAAAAAAGAAAAACGCAGGAAAAAGAAAAAAUAAUGGUGAUGAUGAUAAUGAUGAUGGUGGUGGUGGUGGUGGUGAUGACGAUGACAAUGACGAUGACGACGAAGACGACUUCGACGACGAUGAUGAUGAUGAAGAUGAUGAUGAUGAUGAUGAUGACGACGACGAUGAUAAUGAUGAUGAUGACGAUGAUCAUGAUCAUGAUGACGACAACGACGACGACGAAGACGACAAUGAUGAUGAUGAUGAUGAUGAUGAUGAUGACGAUGAUGAUGAUGAUGUUGAUGAAGCAAGAGGUGGAGGCGGAGGAGGGGAAGAACUCGAGAAAGAGACGACUUGGAAAGAUGAUGGUAUGGAACAAACUUACAUCUGCCCCAUGAUAGAGGUAACCGCUUCUGUUUGCCAACUGGCUAUCAUGCCAUCGGUGAGUGGCGUUGUUGAACUCGCACUUUUUUGUACUCUCUUGAUAAUUGACACUCACACAAUUGUAUUCAAAGAAGCAAUGAAGCUUGCAGUUCUCAAAAUCAGCAACAAUUUUAUUUCCUAUAGUGUGGUUCACCAAACGCUUGCUAAUGAAAAAGAACGAUCCUGGAAAGGUCAGUAUGCGACAGUUACCUGAAAAAGAACGAACAGUCAUCUUGGCGCUUACAUCAACAAUCUCCGCAAAUACUCUCUCAAAAAGUCUCUGGUUCAGAAAAAAACAUACUGAAUAGGUGUUUUUUUAGUUUCUUGAUAAAAACGUAAAGUUUAAUAAGUUUAGCUCCAAUUAUUGAUAUUUUGCUUGUGUCUUUCGGCACCGAUCUCAUUAGAAAUUUCCAUGAUUACACAUGUACAUAAAGACGCCUGCCACGCAGGCUAGUUUUUGCAAGGUCACACUUUUUGUUUUUAUAUUUAUCGAUCAUUAUUAAUUAAUAAACCUCGGAUCAGUGUGGCAUUUGUUCAGGAUAUCCGUAAUUUUUUGGAAAAGUGAAAAACGUUUUGAGGUCUCUACUUUCGAAGGGUCGUUAUUUUCGGGGUAUUGCUACUUAAUUUCGGGAAGCUGUGCAUGACAUUUUAUCCCCACUUUCGGAGGUUCGCUAUACUUUCGAGGGGUCCUUACUUUCUGGUAGACUUUCCAUGGGGUCUGUAUAAUGCAUAAACUCUCCCGACUGGAAUUUUAAAUUACAAUAUUAUUGAUUGAAAAAGAAACAAACAUGAACACCUGCUUUUUUACUUUCAAAAGGGACGAAAAAAUUUGGCGCUAUUCUGCUUUUCGAUAAUUACCUUGUUCCAUGCAGUGAAAGUCAAGAAAAGGUAGCUUUCUUUUCUCGUCGAAGCCAUCGCAAGUAAGCGUGGUUUCUUGAAGUCAGGGGCACCCAACGAGAAUAUAGUUCAAAACCACUUAAACAUAACAUUGUUAAACGUAUUUUAGUAUUUAAACGGUAGAUAUAGGCAUAUAUUUAUCCCCUAGAAAUUUUCCAUCUGUUCGGAUUUCCUAGCUGAAAGUCUAGUGAUCCGAAAAUUAAAGGGAUCAAAACUUACCUUUUCGAAAAUUUCAGCCAGAAAAAAGGCUCCCGAAAAUUCUAGGUGACCUUUUAAGGGGAAAAAUCCCUUAAAAAUGGGCAAUUAUACCAUUUUUUAUUAGAUGUUCGAAAAUCCUAGGAGAGGCAGGCAAGCAAGAAAUUUUACAAGAAAUGUUCCGAAAAUUCUAGAUCGCAAAUCGUCUUCCGAACAGAUAUUUUCCGAAAAUUGUUGUUGGGUGACCCUGUGUAUUGUGCAUGUAUGUUCCAAUAAUAAAAGAAAACUAAGUUCUCCUUUGUAUACCAUGUACAUAGAACGUACAAACGAUGAUAAAAAAUGUUAACAUCGAACUAAAUGAAAUAAAGAAAUAAAGACGUGCACAUUGAAUACAUUUCGAAAAGGAAAACUGACGUUAUGUUGGUAGAGAGAUCUUUCAAUCUAUGAAAAAGAUUGAGUAACAAAACCGGUUUAUUUGAAGGAGGUCGUUUUGCUAUUUUAUAGUAUCCUCUCCCCUCCGGAAAUAUAAUAGUAUCAGACCCUGUAUCAUGUUUUCUGUCUCGGCAAUUUGCUGUAUGAAGCUGGGCUAUGUUUUAAGUUUUAACAGUGCCGGCGCACGUUAACCCGUAUGUUGGAAGUGAUUUCCAUCAGGUGAAAGGGAACUGACAGUGUCUGGAAGGUAAUGUUGAAUCGUUUAGUGUGCUGAUUCUAAGCGUUACAAACCUUGCUGACGGCCGCCUCAACCCCGGGCCUUAACGUAUUUUUUUUUAAAUUGAACGCUUCUAUAACAUGAAAAUGAUUAUUUUUUUCCCAUAAUCUUAUUCGCAGUACCUAUAUACAUUAUUUGAACAUGCAGAGUAUGUCUUAAACUUAUAUAAUAUUUUGUUUUAAAUGUAAAACUGGCGCAGUUUCAUAGUGUCAUUGAAGUUUUUCUGUUUUAAAAUCUUUCAAUUCUAUUCAAAGACGGCCUUGCAUCUCUAACAGGCCCUGACCCAGCUAGAACGAAUAGAUCACACGCGAGAGAUUUCCGUCUUUGACCAUAUACAUACAGAAGUCGGAAACCUUGUAAGAUUGGACCGGCUAGAGCACUUACCUNUGAAAAUGAUUAUUUUUUUCCCAUAAUCUUAUUCGCAGUACCUAUAUACAUUAUUUGAACAUGCAGAGUAUGUCUUAAACUUAUAUAAUAUUUUGUUUUAAAUGUAAAACUGGCGCAGUUUCAUAGUGUCUUUGAAGUUUUUCUGUUUUAAAAUCUUUCAAUUCUAUUCAAAGACGGCCUUGCAUCUCUAACAGGCCCUGACCCAGCUAGAACGAAUAGAUCACACGCGAGAGAUUUCCGUCUUUGACCAUAUACAUACAGAAGUCGGAAACCUUGUAAGAUUGGACCGGCUAGAGCACUUACCUUCAAUGUCGGAAAACACAACCUUGAUAAAAAAUAACCAGAAGCAGAAAGCGCUUACUUGAACUGGAAUAUCCAUGUUCUCUUCUUUCCCUUGACCACAAGUUGUGCAAAAGAUGACAAAAUUUACGUCAUGCAAUGCAAAUUUACGGUUCAAGAGGCAAUUCAUCGAUAACUUACUUUGAAUUGUCCCAUUAAAAACAAAGCGCGGAAUAUUUUAAGAUCAGUGCCCCAGCAGUACUAUGGUUUGAAAACAAUUCCCUGCUUUUUUUAGGCCAGGUGGCUCACUGGACUGAUUUUCUCAGUGAGCAAAUCUAAGUUUUCGCGAUGUUAAUGGAAAUUUAAUUUAGCUACUUCAUUACAUCAUGAUAAUGUAGUUUGAGGCAGCGAAUCUCCGAUCAGCAGGAUCAGCAAUCACGAAUAAGUAGAGAGAAUGAGCUCUUGACCUUAAACCCUUGAAAAAUAAAACAAACAAACAAACAAACAAAAACAAUUAAGAGAUGCGCACCUGCUUAAAUCGAAUAUUGAUAAGUUACCUUUUAAACUUCAUGAGCAAACUAACGCUAACCAGAGUUAAACCUUUUUUAACCUUCUUGAUUUUGGGUCAAAACUAAUUAUUUUUUAAGAACUUGGUGAACAUGUAGCAUCAAAAUGGACCAAAAAUAAUGUCUAGGUGCGCAUGCCUAGUUGGUACGUUUGCUUUUAGUACGCGUGCUUCAGUGCUUUCUUCUUUGUGUAGGUCGCUUGAUCAGGUUUUUAGCCUUUCAACUUUGGGUGCGGCCAUCUUGCCAAAGUGUUAAACAAGGAAUUUGGUCGAAACUGAAUUUUUUUUUUUUAAAAAUCGAUGUACAAAUAAUGUUUAGGUAUGUUUUAGGAGGUUGAAAAAGUUAAAAAGGCAACCUCAGCUUUUAGAGAAACUGGAUAAUCUAUUUUUCGCACAGGGUAACCCAAGCUCAAUAUGAGAGUCUUACGGGUCAAAAUAAUUGAAGUUUGUAUUGCAAAUAAAACUUACAUCAAAUAAAUGAAAUGAAACGGGUAAAAGUUAUCAAUUAAGUAUAGACAUUGUUUCUCGGUAUCGUUGGUUUUAUUUCUAACCGUACUUACAGCGCGAUUUGUGCAGUUUUUGCGGAUUUCACCGGUAGUUUAGAUGAUGGUACGCAGCGCGAGUGGAGCUGAAACUUCAUAGAAAGAAAAGUUGAGUAACAAUAUUUAAACUUUAUUAAUCACUUUUAUCCGUUCUAGCUUAUUUAUUUGAUGUAAGUUUAAUUACCCAUACAAACUCUCGUAUUGCCUUUAAUAUCACCCCCUCACUUACUGCGCAAAAAAAGAAAAAUCAUGAGUCACAUUUCACGGGUAUUUCAUUUCGCGAUUUUUCCCAAAAUAAAACGCGAAGAUCGGGAAUUCGCGGGAAAACUAGUGUCGCGAGGAUUCUGGGAACGAGAACCCAACGCGUUGCAAUGGAAGCCAUGAUCGUCGAGUGCUAAUGGAAAAUGCUACAUUUUGUGCUCAAGACCUUGCGAAAAAAGGACUUUUUUAUGAUUGCUACCUUUGGAAAUGUUUCUUCCCUCGUUCUGUGUCAUUUUUUGACAAACUUAUUCACCGGUAUAACUGCAAGUCGUUGGAAUGUUGACCACGUUUUUAGCUGUACCACAACGUUGCUUUAAAAGGAUUUGGCUAUUGCAAUGUAUACAGGUAACAACUGCUUAGAAAUUUUCGUUGCUUUGUUUAGAAAGAAAAUCUUUGGUAAGAUUUCCCUAUAACCUCAUACAUGCCUGAAUUCUUUGGCUCUGUGUAUGCAUAGUGGGCUCAAGUGUAAGCUUAUGUAUCGGGUUAUACGGAAAUCUUACCAUUUAUAUCAUUAGUUGUUUUCUGUUAAGAAGAGGAUUCCCUACCUGAAAGUCUUGUUAACGUAAAUAAGAUGCUUUUCGCUACAAUCUUCAGUGCUGUACAUAUAAAUAUUAUCUUAGGCCCAAUUCAAAUGUUGAAGUUUUCAUGUACCAUGUUUAAGUUUUCAUUUAAGUACAUGAACAGAGAGACGUUUGAAGCAAUUAAGGCCGACGUAUCUAAUUUGGGUCAACCCAUAAAUUAAGUUUGAGUGGCCCACAUGGGAAUGUUGAUUGUGGAGCGCCUUCAUUUCAAACAUCAAACUUCUUAUUGUGCUGAACCUAAUGCACAAAUUACUGGUAAGCAUUGCGGACCAUUGUACAUUUUGAAAAUGAAUUAUUAGUCCCACUAAUUUAUUUUGACGUCUGAAUCAACCAUCAGACUUGUAUCAUUUGGGUUGACUGCUGACUGACAUAUACUUUGACCUACCACUAAAACUGCUGCUUACCAAGGAGCUUGAGAAAUCUCUGGGUCAUACUCUGGAAUUGAGAUUGGUCCAGUUUAUCCACAUAUACAGAGAAGCUAGAGUAACAAAUAACCUACCGAAAGUACAAAAAUUUAUUUUAAAGUGAGUAAUUUCUGAAAGAACAAUACUAAUUUUGUAAAAGUUUAAUACAAAUUUCAUCUCAUCCAAUCAGUAUUUUGCAUUGCUUUUCUAUGCAUAAAUUCAAAUUCCUGAGAUGUGACUGCAAACUCUUUUAUUUUCCCAUGCCCCACUCUCAGAACCCCACUUAAGAGAACUUACUGGAAGGCUAGGAGUUACAAGUAACUAAGAGUUAAUCCAACCUCCCAAAAGUAAAAUAAUUUUAUUGAUGUUGAAAUUAAUCGUUCCAUGGGUUUUUCAACUUUCGAUAUGGACCAGUUUGCAAAGAACUUUCUCACUGUUCAGCAGCGCCUACAUGUAUGGCUGCCAGUUGUGCUUUGCACAUGUCCUGUGUUGUGCCUUCAUUUUGCAAUCUAUUUUUUUUUGUCAUUGGCAAAAUGUGGGCAAAUGUUAACUAUCUGUUUAUCUUACCUUGUGUUUUCCCGGUAUGCUACAGACUGGACAUUACUGAUCCCGUUCUUGGCCCUAUCCUCUAUUUUUGUUUUUUGCCGGCACAAUUUAGAAUUAAUUUUGGACAGAUUUCUGUUUAUCAUACCUUGUGUCUUCCCUGCAUUCUACAUGUACAUUAUUGAGCCUAUUCUUGGCUUUGUCUAUUUGCGAUAUUGGAUUCCCGUAAAGGGCCGACUGAGGAUGGCCUUUUUGGACUAGUUUCUUACAGGGUUCCAUUGGCUCCAAGACAAUCAAUAUUAUAACCUACACCAGUAGGAAAUCCAUUUCUGGAGAACUCAGGGUUAACAUACAAUCAUGUACAAUCUCUCCUUAUGUGUGGAACUUAACUGGCGAGCUGGAAAUUAGGGAGAGAGAUUGUUCUAAGAGAGGAAGAUUAGAGCUAAAAACUUGCUCCUACCUUCAUCUGCUUCCCAACAAUCCCUAUAUUAUCAGUCUUAAAUGGAGCAGACAGGCUUCCCUUGGCACUUCUGAAUCACCAUCAUAGUUCCUAAUUAUUAUUAUUGCUAUUAUUAUUAUUACGUUCAAGUUUCACAGUACAUGUACGUGUGCAUGUUUGCAGUACUGGAUAGGGAAACCCACUAGGCGCAGCACUGCCAGUACUGAUUAAAAACUGUUUGCAAGAUAUAUGUUGAGGUGAGACAGCUGUCUUUUGCAGGGUAUAGCUGUGGCACUCAGCUUCAAUAGACAGGUCUUUCAGAGCUUUAUGGAGGUUGCUCUUUACACAUCCCAGCGAUCCAACAAUGAUUGGAAUAAUUAUUACCUGCUUCUGCCAUAACCUGGAGAGCUCUAUAUCCAGGUCUUUAUAAUGGUCAACCUUCUGCCUGUACUUGCUCUUAAUAUUGGUGCACAGCUACAUCUGUGAUUUUUACCCUGGUAUGCUCUUUGUCAAUUAGUAAAAUGUCGGGGCAGCGGCGGUGAAUAGCACGGUCAGUGUACAUGUUGGAAGUCCCAUAGAAUUUUGGAAGUUUUCAUUUAUUAUUAUGUAUUAAUGUACAUUAAAUUACUUAAAAUUACAAUAUCAAACAGUAAACAAAUAACACAGAUGACAAAAGAGGCAAGCGUGCUGCCUUUGUGUGUUAUUUGAGUGUCAACGAAAGUACUAAUUGGGGAAACUAUAUGUUACGUCUCCAACUGGAGAUGGGACCGCCAUUUUACGUGGUCAUCCGAGCCACGCAAAGGUCUAGCCUGUUGCAGUGCAAAGGGAGUACCUUCAUUUCUCAGUUAUUUUAAGACCCUGAGUAUUGGUCCGGCCCCAGGAAUCGAACCUGCAGCCUCCCGCUCUGCAGUCAACACGCUCUACCGACUGAGCUACCACUGCCGCUGUUAAUAGAACUCUAAAUAGAACAAUAAUGGUAGAUAAAGCAAAACAAGAUAAAGGAGGUUGUUUCGCCGAGACCUGUUGCGUAAUUUCAACUUUGUUUUCAAGAUCUUCAAGCUCCUCUUUCUUCCCUUUCUUUUUUAUGUCUUCUUUUACCUCUGUCUCAUCUCUGUCAACCGAGUUGAGGCCUAUUUCCAAUAAUAUUCAUCUAUGUUACCUUUGGUGGUGUAGAUAUCUUUUCAAUUACUUAGCUGCUUGUUGAUUUUGUCUGACACAUUCAGCUUUUUCUAAGUUCAUUUGAAUAUCUUGAAUCAUUUAGAUAGCAUCCUUGGUGGCAUGCUGGAGUGCUUUUCUUCUUUGAAGCUUGAAACAUGUGUCUGCUUUUAGCUUAGUUUUAGUGGCAUCCUGCAGCUUUUGGGCUAUGUUUGAUUAUGGAUGUACAGCACUUGCUUGUCAAAUUGAAGCAAAAUGCUGGAACACUGUUGUUUAUUCUGUUGUUGGCAUUGUGUGCAUUUUGUUGAAUCCUGGCUGAUGGUGACUACCCGUGAUGGCGAAAUUAUAUUUACAGUGUAAUUGGGUACUAGGUGUUGCUUUUGGAUGGGGUAGAAAACUUUCUUAAAAAGUUAUGGUGAUGAUGUGUGAACCAUCAUACUCUGUGUUGCUGAAUGAAGCAAUAAAAAAUUAUAAAUAGAAAUCCUUGAAGGAAAGUCCUUGUGGCUAACAAUCCCCUGUUGCUAUUUAGGCAUUAAAUAAGGUAGUGCACACAAUAGUUCUUAACUGACAACUGGCUGACACAUUACCAGCAUGCUGCCAACUGUUGGCAGACAGUUGGCGGAAAAAUUUCACAUUCAAGAGUUUUAGAUCUGAGUUUACCGUGAACCUCUAACUGCAGUUUGCGGUUUCCCAUUUGCGGUUCGACGUUCAAACAUAAUUCGAUUUAGAUUGACAGUGGAUUAAAGAAGUGGAUUCUGGUUAUUUUUCUAUUUAGAAAUAGAAGAAAAAUCAAUCAGUGAAAAUAAAAGAAAUUCACGGUAACAGUGGGUUAUCUAGCAGCAAAGAGCUGUAAAUUCUUACAUUAGUUCCUCCAGCGGAUAGAGGUUCGCGAUAAACUCGGAUCUAAAACUCUCUAUUAGAUGGUAAACAACAGUCGGCUGACAGUUUUUCGCAGGAGAUGUUCUCACUUUUUCUAAUCAAUCAAUCAAUCAAUCAAUCAAUCAAUCAAUCAAUCAAUCAUUCAAUCAGUUAUUCAAUUAAUCAGUCCAUCCAUCCAUCCAUUUAUUCAUCCAUCAAAUUGUUCAUUUCACAUUGCAGUCUUAUGAAGGAGUAACAUGUUCUUGCUAGCUGUUGCAAUACUAAAAUCCAUAAUUUAUUAAUGUCCAUUCAAAAAAGGUAGGAAAUGAUGAUAAAACCAAUAUGAGACUGUCAUACAUGUAUUGUUUGAAAAUUAUUGUUGAAUGAGGCUGACUUUCUGAUGCAGACUACAUGAUUGUUCCACUUGAGAUCAUCACCAAAUAAAAUAAUCAUAAAGUGAGUAUUUUUGCAUAGAAAGUUGAGUUGAAUAAUACCCCGUCAAGUACAGCCUGAGGGAGAGAUGUUGGAAGGUGAUCUCUAAAAACUUUCUAAUAGCUCUUUUACUACACUUGGUUGGACUGAACUGAAGACUGUGUUCUUUUAACCAAUUGUUGCUGUUGAAACAGCAUCUCUUAGGUGGCUUCCCUCAUAAGAAUGUGCUAUUUUUGAGAUGGUCAUGUCAUCCACAAAGUUUCAAUGAGAAAUGACUUGUCUGGUAGUUUCAAAUGAUUAAUCAACACCUGGAAAGCCAAGCUAUUGCCUUUGAGGAACACUAGCUGGAAAACUAAGCCAGCUGUCCGUUAAACAUUCAUUGAUCCAGUUGACUGUAGAUGGCUUGAUCCCUAGGCUGAAAAGGUUGACUACCAGUAAUAAAACAAACAAACAAACACAAUAAACAACAACUUUAUUUUUAUACCGCAGAAUGGUUCAGUGAACGGGAGUAUCACACACUGGCAUGAAUACAUCUGCUGAUAGUGUGAAAUUGUGUAAAACACUAAAAUAAAAUGUGACCUCUCAUGCAAAAACGUUUCUUACAGUUUACCAUUUUUGCACGGACAGCCUGUUUGUAUGCUGUGCAUAAGGCCGUUCGAAGGGACCAAUCAAUUCAAAUGGCUCGAGCUAUCUGUGCGAAAAAAAAUUGUAUCCGUUCGAAUGGCUCAGGCUAUCCAUGCAAAAAAAAAUUGCAAAAAUAAAUGUUUAAACAGGUUAAGUUGAAAAAAAUUUAAGAUAAUUUAAAAGACAGAAAUGUAUCUGUAGCACUAAUACUGCUGUACAGAACAAAAUAGCAAUUUGAUCUCACAAAGUUAAUGACUGUACAUUUGAAAAACAAAUUGAUAUAAUGCAGACUCAAAAAGUAAAACAACAGGAAGAGUUAAUUGAUGUACCAGUAACUAGUUUCAGAAGACUGUUCAAUUGUGCUGGCUCUGUCGAGCUAUUCUAACAUUAAUGUGAGUUUAAAAAAAGUUAUAUUUAUGUAUGUAUGUAUGUAACCCAUUCGCCCCUGGAGAUUUUGCUGAAAAACAAGUUGUAAAGCUAGUCAAGUGGUUUUCUGGUCACUCUCCUGCCAGUAAAAGCCUACCACAAGGCCGUUGACAGGUCAUACACUUCCUAGCUUUCUGAUCCAGGUGCAAAAUAUUAGCUUGCGAAGUUUGGGCAUGCACAGAAAGCAAAAUUUCGGGGUAGUUUUUGGGUUUAAAAGUGACACAGCAGCCUUGACUUUUUCGCUUUCUCUCCUCCCCUUUUUUCGCUAAACUAAUCACUGUACGUUGUCUUAAAGAAUCAGUAGGAGAAUUUGAUAAAAGACUUAAGCUUUUUCUUGUAGGUGAUCAUUUUAUGAAGUCUUAUUACCUCUCCAUUCGGUUUUGUGAUGAUAUUCAGGGAAGAAAAUUGAUGUUGAUCACUCUUAAGACUUUUUAGUCCUUUAAAAAGGGUUAAGAAUGGAGCUCAUGGCUUCACUUGGAGCCUUUCUAUCUGACAUACUAUUAUUUGGUACACUACUAUCCAUUGUAAAUAUUAUUACCAUUUAAUGUGUAUCGAAAAAGCUAGAAAUGAUUUUUCAGGAAUAGAAAAAUGACUCCUUGAUCCACCCACUUAGGUUUUCUUGCUUUUAAAAUCUAAUAGCAGUGAACUAUGUAUUUAUAAUACGUCAUCGUACCAUAGUUAUGAGAAGUAAGAACAUAAUACAAAUUUUGGUCUCUAGUGUAAUCACAAUGUAUAACUUGUCAGGUAUAUAAACGUUUUAGUGUAUUUCAUUUGAAAUACACAAGAAAGAGAAGUAAUUUAAGAGAAAACAUUUAAAAUUUAUACUUCUGGCAUUUUAGCAAUUGGAUAAUGGUUGGUUUAGGUGGGGGUUCAGGGGGUGUCUACUAAACAAAGACCCAAGACCCAAGACUGAAGACCCAAACCGAAGACCCAGUAAUUGUCAGAUGCCGAGAGACACAGAAAGGAUAGGGUCUUCAUUUUGUAGUCUACCCCGGGUCAAACUACAAAGCAAAGACCUUCACUAAAACACUUUGAAUAAAAAUAAUUGUUGUUAAAAAAAUUGUUUUGCACAAAGGAAUGAUUGAAAGCGCAACAGUACACAAAAAUUUUCUUGGUGAUCAUAAAAAUUAUUGUUUUCUUAUGAUUUUGGUGUUUCCGGCAUAGUUCAUUUUUUGUUAUUUGAAGUACCCUAUGAACUGUGCCGUAAUAAGAAAGGUAUUGCAAUAAGCGAACCCCCCUCCACCUACUCAUUUUAAAGGUCCUUAGUUCAUACUAUUUUGGGAAUGAAGUCCUUGAAAAAAUGAUAUUAGUCCCUGAAAAGUCUGAUUUUUUCCCAAAAACUUUUGUACGAACCAUGUACCUUAGAAGUCUAAAAUUAUCAUGUACAUUUACAUGUAGCUUUGCUCAAUCUUCAAUUCCUUUUUUUCUUUUUCAGGCAGAAGAGAAUAA